AUGUUGAUUGUUCAAGUUUGGCCCGUGUUGGCUUGGUUGGGCGAUUGUUGCAGUCAAGCCGGCUGCCUGUCCCAGAGAGAACAGAGAACCCGGAACGACAAAAGGCCCAGAGAUCCGCUUCAGUGCCUGGUGCAGAUGGAUCUGAGGGACCAAAUGGAUGCGGUCAGCGUGCCAGCUUCUCAACGAGGAAAGCUAGGCCCUGAUGCUGACCAGGCUGGUGAGCUUGUAUCAAAAGGUUCCCAAGUUAAACACAAGGUCUGCAAUAAGUAUGGUCCUCUUUCGGACUUGACGGCUUUCGUCUCGGCCGUCUGUGACAGGCUGUGUGGAGUGUAA